GAGCUGGAACUGCGCAAGGCGUCUGUGGCGAGCACCAUGAGCGUCCACCAGAGCGCCAUCCAAGGUCUGAAGAACGCCUGGCGCCAGAUGCGACCCCUCUUCGUCAUGCCACAGCUGCCCAAGGCCGUGCUCUCCUUCUCCAUACAGAUCCUAUGCUUGUUCAGCAUGAACACGAUUCGACUGUGGCUACCGCAGAUCUUCGCGACUAUGGAGGAGUUCUUGUACUUCCAGCAGCUGACGGACGGUGUGGGCAUGGCGUCGCUGACAGUCAAUGACACUGAUAACUCUGUGUACCUGUGCGACAUGCUCACCUACCAGUCCGUGCCACAGGCGGACAACUCGUCGAUCGUGAGCAAACUCGUGGAUCUCCUCGACGGCGACAGUGAUAAUGACAUUGUCAAUGCGACCCUUGCCAUUGCUGGAAAUACGCCCUGUCUGCCUACAGUGGCCAACAGCCGACUUUACAUCAACUCUAUUAUCGUGGGUGUGGUGUCUGCGUUGGGCUACAGCUGCGCGGGCCAGUUCGUCAACUGGCUGGGCUACCGAACUCUGAUGAUGAUCUGCUUCUUCUCGAGUGGAGCUUUCGGCAUCGGAGUCCAGUGGUCGACCAACACCGACCUGACGCUGGCCAUGCUGUCGCUGUACCUGGCGCUCGUCGGCAUCUGCUCCACCUGCAUGAUGGGCGUCGUCGUCACCAUAUUCUCCACCUCUCUAAGAACCACGGCUGUCAGCCUGACCAUGAUGUUCGGCAGAAUCGCUGCUCUAUCGGGCAACGUCAUCUUCCCUGUGCUGCUGGACAUAAGCUGUCAGCUGCCUUUCUUCAUUGUUAGCGGUGUCAACAUAGCUAACGCUGCUUUCACCCGCUUGCUGCCCGUCACCAAGGGCAAGACGUUAGCGUGAAGCACGUGGAGCCGCGCACUGCUUAAGCUAAGAGUCAAGCAGUUCCGGAUGUCGGUAACGACGCUGCGGUACCUACGGUCGACUCAGCGCGUCACUGCUGAGAUGUCAACAUUCUUCACUGCAGGCACACCUUCUCGUCUUCUACUUAAACUGCCGGGUGCGCUAUGUCCCUCGU